AUGGUCUGGGAGGCCGAUUUAUCGCCAUAUGGCGAGUCAGCCGAAUUCGGCGGAAGCAGCAGCAGCUACCAGGUCCAGGAAGUGAAGCUAUCAGAAGUUGCUCCGAUGGAGCUUGUUGAAGAAAGUAGCAGCCAAGACUCUCAAGAGAGACUCAAAGAUACAGAGGAAUCCUUUCCAGCCUGUUGCUGCAGUUUUUUUUCUGCCACAAGGCCGCUCAUGUGCGUCGGCAUCGGCUGGUCUCUGAUCCUUUUAGUCGUGAGCAUUGGUCUUGCCGCUCUUCCGUUCAGGAUUGAGACCAAUUUCGACUCCUUUCUGAUCAGUGAUGUGGAGUCCUCCUUGCAUCGGGCUGCCUUCAACAGCGCAACAGCUUCCCGUAGCACAGGUGCCGUGCGGCGACUCCAAGCUCAAGCUUCGAGCGCCAACGCGUACUCGACCAAAGACCUCUUCAUCGGAUAUUCCUUGGCCGGACGGGCAGGACACAGAGGGAUUCUGACGGCAAAAUCUUUGAGCCAAAUCUCCAGGUUGGAGCAAUCGCUCCGAGAGACCCCGGGCUUCGCGGAAUUCUGUAAUCAGACCGAUGAGCUGUACCAUGGUCUCUGCAAUCCAGGCCUGUCCUUCAGCAGUUAUGCUUUGCCGACCUUGAACAUCACGGAGGGGAACAUAGUUCCCAAUUCUAUGACCCUUGAUGGGAUGGGAUUUGAUCCAGUCCCACUCCGAACAGCUUAUUUGGUCGCCAAAGAGCACAACUUGGCCGAUUUGUUCUUGCCAACUGGAUAUGAUCCAGAUGUUGAAGAGGGAGCUCAGGUCUUGCGAAGCCUGUUUCGCUUUAGAUUUGUGGUGGGAACGGCCAGGGACAAGGUGGAGGAUCGAGUUGCCGCAUCCAAAGUUGUGGAUAGCAAGUGGGAAGCUUUCUUCACAGAUGUCCUGGUGCCUGCCCUCGGUUCUAGUGAUAUGGUGACAAGUUUUAAGGAUGACAUGCAUGUGUGGUUCGAUGGAACUGGCUUCAGAGAUUUUGAAGUGUACAUGGCUGUGAUCAACGAUGUGCCUUUGGCCAUUGGCUCUGCAGUCUUCAUCCUUGCAUACAUGUUGGCUCACACUCGAAGUCUUCUUUUGGCAGUUGUAGGGCCUUUGUUGGCCAUGCUUUCAGUGCCAAUUACCUGGAUCAUUUGUGGCGCUAUCCUCGGCAACUCGACAGUGAACUUUGCCAACUUUUUGGCAGUGUUCCUUGCCAUAGGCUUUGGUGCAGAUGUGAUGUUUGUCUACUAUGAUGCUUGGACGCAGUCCGAAGGGCAUGCGGAGCAAAUUCCCAAGCGUUUGGCAUGGACCUACCAGCGAGCGGUGAAAGCUUCCUUGGCCACUACUUCCACGACUGCCUUGUCCUUUCUUUGCAACAUGGCCUCCGUAAUUCGGGCUCUUCGGCAAUUCGGUUUCUUCAUGGGAAUUUGUGUUCUGAUCACUUGGCUUUCGCUGACCUUCAUCUACGUCCCGACCAUUGUCAUCGACUACAUUUGGUGCAGGAGAGUUCGACUGUCCAGCCGACGCUUGGCAGGCUCCAAAUCGGCAUGCUUUGGAAGCUGGGCUCUGGUGUUGUAUCGCAUUCGCUACCGCAUCUUGUUCCUGACCAUAGUUUUCAUGGUGAUCUGUGUAUCCUUGGCUUUACCAGCUCUCACUGUGGGCACAGGGAUGCCAGAUGUAUUCCCGGACCAGCAUAAUCAGAACACCGGUGUGGAAGUCUUAGCACAGUUCGAGCCAGUGUCAAUCGCAUUCACCACAUCCCGACAGGACCCACCAAGAGAGGUGUUGGUUUGUCAGGGAGCUGACUUUGCAUCCACUGCAACUAGCUGUGUGAUGCAAUGGUGCGAAGCACGGUAUGUCUCCGAUGAACCUACUUGGGAAGGAAAUGGCACGUGCACCUGCAAGCGUCGCAUGACGACGGGAUGUAGCGGAUCAGCAGCUCCAGUUCGAGUUCGCUUUGUAGGUCCAUCCUCCCUGACAGAUCUUCAGUUGUCUCUGCAUGUGGUGAAUCAUUUGUUCGCUUGGCCAGACGCCGCGUCGCUGGACCUGAGCGUAGAGGCUCGGAGAGAUAUGAUCGAGGGGGCAAGGACAAAGCCGCAACUACUACAGCAAGUCUGGGACACGGGCGAGACAUCCUUAAGCAACACCAUGGAGAUCUCAGUGGGCUUCACCAGACAAGAGACCUCCAGUUGUGGCUGGGAUGAAAUCUGCUUCUGUGGAAACGGUGGAACACUGCAGUGUAUUUUGGACACCUGGGAUGGGACUUCCACUUUGGAUCUACCAGCUUUGCGUCGACUCCAGGCGACCACCGUGACCACCACUCGCACCACUGGGAUGUUGACCUCGUCCACAGUGCCAAUCUCCAAACGGACCAAGGUCCGUGCAGUUUUUGGCAUCUAUCCGGAGACUACAGUGAUGUUGCUUGGGGAAAGGCCUCCGGAAGAUACCUGGUCCUACAACCCUGGAUUCGAUCUUUCGGACCCCUGGGCCCAACGGGCCAUGUAUCAAUUUUGCAGCGAAAUUCCCUUGCACCUCAUGGUCACAAGGAAAUGGUGUUGGUUCGAGGACUUCCGCGAGUUUUCGAAGAUAUAUCAGGGGCGCUUCCCGGUGAAAGCUGUGGAUUGGGCAGUUGUCUCCAAACUAUACGUGGAUACUUCGACAAAAGGAACAAGGGGAACCAAAUAUAUUUGGCUGGAAGAAGAUGUGGUCAAAGGAAUGUACGUCUCUUUCGAACUUGGGAUAUCAAGAGAUGCCUCGAAUGAGGAGGUGCUUGACCUCAAGGAGAAGUGGGACAAAUAUGGCAGGAAUUGGAAGAAGCCAGACACCGCGAGCCCAUAUUUUCUUGUAUCAGAUGAAUGGGUCGCCGUAGAAUCUGCCAGCAGGCUGAUCACCAGUACAGCGUCCAGUCUGGCGAUUCUUUGUGUCUUAGCACUUGCUUGUAUGCUGAUCUUCACGCACAGUUGUAUCCUCUCAGUGGUGGUGGUUGUGUCUACUGUGAUGGUCAUCAUCGUCUUGUCCUUCUUCAUCACAGUGGUGAUGGGCUGGGAAGUUGGCCUCAUUGAAGUCAUCGCAUUCAUCUACUUCAUAGGCUAUGCAGUGGACUACUCCUUGCAUAUGGUCUACAAAUAUGGAAGCAACGAUGCUCUGACUGAGGAUGACCAAACAGACUUAGGAGCAGGCCGAGAAAAGGCUUCUCUGCGACUCCAACGGAUGAGUUUCGCCCUGAAGACCAUGGGAGGUGCCACAGUUGGAAGUGCCAUCACAACAGCAGGAUCUUCGCUGUUCUUGGUCUUCUGUACCCUCACCAUUUUUGCCAAGCUUGGCGCCAUGUGCUUCACUGUUACGAUGGCUUCAAUUCUGUUUGCACUCUGCCCGCUGGGUGCAUAUUUGAUGACACUUGGACCUGUACGACCUGGACUUUGUAAUCGAUGUUACAAUCAAUCCGCCCAGUUACUUGACGACCGCCGUGAGUAG